AUGGAUGAAUCUCAUGGAUUCUGCUCUCUGCUCUUCGACAUAUUCCGAAGAUCAUCUCCGAAGAAGCAAGCAGCUACUUUGAAUGACAAUAACUUCUCACACAUAUUGCCUGUGGUAGUACACGCGUUCUCCUUCUGGAGAAGAGAGACUUCCAUAUCAUUAGCCAUCAAUAGGUCUACACACUACUUCACUUACACUAAGCACUCCACUAGUAUGAUGAUCAGCAGUAGUGCGAGUAGUACCAGUACUGGUAGUUCUCAGUAA